GCAGCACCCAUUCCAAAGACUGAAGACACAAACACAUCAUGGCAGUACAUAUACCUGGAAUUAUAGCUAUAGUGCUUUUUUAUUCACUUAUAUUAGGUGUGGGAUUAUGGGCUGCCCGGAAAUCAAAACAAACAGGACAGAGUGCAGAUAGUGAAGAUGUGAUGUUAGCAGGGAGAAACAUAGGAGUACUUAUCGGUAUAUUUACAAUGACAGCUACAUGGGUUGGUGGAGCUUAUAUAAAUGGUACAGCAGAAAUUAUUGUGCGGUAUGGCUUAGUCUGGUGUCAAGCUCCAUUUGGUUAUGCUAUAAGUCUUGUAUUUGGAGGACUAUUUUUUGCAAAUAAAAUGCGUACUCAGGGCUAUGUAACAAUGUUAGAUCCCUUCCAGAUUCGAUAUGGUGAGCGUAUGGGAGGAUUAUUGUAUAUACCAGCUUUAUUAGGGGAGGUGUUUUGGACAGCUGCUGUACUUGCAGCUUUGGGUGCUACAUUAUCUGUUAUUGUUGAUAUUGAUACAAAUACAGCUAUUAUUGUAUCAUCAUGUAUAGCUUUAUUCUAUACAUUAACUGGUGGUCUAUAUUCUGUAGCGUAUACAGAUGUUGUACAGUUAUUCUGUAUAUUCAUUGGUCUUUGGCUUAGUGUACCAUUUGCCCUGACUAAUGAGGCUGUAGCACCAUUGACUACCAAUGCAACCGAGAAUUGGAUACAAACUGUAGAACCAUUUCGAGCUGGAUCCUACAUAGACAGUUUUUUACUACUUAUAUUUGGGGGAAUACCAUGGCAGGUAUAUUUCCAAAGAGUAUUGUCAUCUCAAUCUGCUCGAAGUGCACAAAUCUUAUCAUAUAUAGCAUCAGUUGGUUGUAUAGUAAUGGCCUUGCCGGCAGUGUUAUUUGGUGUGAUUGCGGCAUCUACAGAUUGGAAUCAAACAACGUAUGAUGGAGAACUACCUAUCCCUGAACAAAAUUUAAAUCUUAUUUUACCGAUGUGUCUCCAGUUUUUAUGUCCAGCUUGGGUUUCAUUUAUUGGUCUAGGCGCUGUGUCAGCAGCUGUCAUGUCAUCAGCUGACUCCUCCAUUUUGUCUGCUAGUUCCAUGUUUGCUAGGAAUAUUUACAAACUUAUAUUUAGACAAAAGGCAUCGGAAAGGGAGAUUUUAUGGGUUAUGAGAGCAGCCAUAUUUGGAGUAGGCGUCUUAGCAACUGCGAUGGCUAUAGUAGUAUCUUCUAUCUACGAGUUAUGGUUUUUGUGUGCAGAUUUAGUGUAUGUUGUGCUCUUUCCACAACUUGUGUGUAUUUUGUAUGCUGAUACCAAUACAUAUGGAUCACUAGCAGGUUAUAUCAUUGGAAUGUUCUUCCGUCUGGGUGGAGGUGAACCGGCCUUGAAAAUUACAGCAAUUAUCAAAUACCCAUGGUUUAUUGAACCUGAAAAUGAGGAGGAAUAUGGUGAACAGUUAUUCCCAUUCAAAACACUCUCCAUGUUAAUAACUUUGUCAUGUAUUCUUCUUGUUUCACGUCUGUUUAAGGAGUUGUUUAUAAGUGGGCGUCUGGCACCAAGGUAUGAUAUAUUCCUGUGUGUUGUCAACAUUCCUGAAGAGAGCAUCAUUCUGUCGAGACGUGAGCCUCCGAACGAGAUGACAUCUAUAACAAAAUAUAAUGAAGUUAAUGGAAAAGUUAAUCCUGCUUUAAAAUUCUCCACAGAAGAUUUACUUAAUGAAGAAGAGCCAUCUAGUGUAAUCACACCAGCAAAUGAAUACAAAUACUCUCUAUCAGAAGCUAAAGAAUAGGUGACUGUGUACAUUAAAUCAUUCUUUCAUGUAACUAAUUACAUGCAUAGUAUAUAAUCCAGAUCAGGAUUUACAACUGGUGGAUUAUUAGUCAAUAAAAUGUGUGAUGAUUAACUAAAUUUUCACAGGAUCUUAAUACAUAUCUUACUUUGUGUGUCUUGUACAAUAGAAAAUAUAACUGAAUGAUUCAGAAAUGACAAUGGGAAUAAGUGUAGUAAUUAUCUAGAUUGAAAUAUUUGAAAGCAGUUGGGGUUGUACAAUUAUAACUUAUUAGUCUAUGGAUCAGAUAACAUAUCAUAUAUAUUACAUAUCAUAAUAAGUGUAUUAAACUAUACAAUCAAAUUUCAUUGUGUAUAUGAGCAAUAUUCGUUCAUGACAUGAACUUCAUGUGAUAGAUAUAGCGUGCAGUGUGUCUCCAGCAUCAUCAUUGAACAGCAAUUGUAGCCUAUAAUUCAUGUUGUCAUUCCAUAGAUACCUUUCCAUUUAUAUUUUCCAACUGGGUCUGUACUUAAUAAUUCUUUCUCUGUUAAUAAACAGAUAAAUGAAAAUUUAAAGGAUUUCAUAUUUCUAAACUGAUGGAUGGAGGAGCAAAGCUGGGGCAAACGAGGACAAUUCUUGAAUUUGGGUAUGUUUUAGCAAAGCGAUCGACCACAGUGUCUAGGUCCAUCUUCAAUGCCUGCUACCUGUGGAAAGUGUCAAAUGAAUGGAAAUAGUGAAUCAAAGUGAAUGAAUAUUCUCGCCAUGUUGACCUAUACCCCAUAACUUUGAGGAUCAUAAAAAGCACGUCAAGUGGUUCACAUGUUAUUGUUUAUAGUAGGUUUACAGCAGGAUGGGUUAAGAAAUCACUCAGACUCUACAACAUGCAAGUCUGUGACUAAGUGGGAAUGUUGCAUUUAACCACGGUAGAAGGUAUUGAUAACUGAAACAUAUCCCAAAUAUUUUUAUAUGCCCACAUUGAAAUUUGGUCGUAUUUUCGUCGCCCCCGUCCGUCCAGAUGAAAAAUCUUGUGGUCACUCUAGAGGCUAAAGUUAAUAUCUGAUUGACUUUAAAUUUAUAUAGUGUUUAAGGUUAUGAGACGAAGAAGCCUAUUGAUUUGCAGCGAUUUCCGAUAAUUACUGCCAGAAUUAUGGCCCAUGAUCACUUAGAAAACUCUUACGGACGCUCUAGAGGCUAAAGUUGAUAUCCAAUUGACUUUAAAUUUAUACACGGUGUUUUAGAUCAUGAGACGCAGAAGCUUAUUGAUUUUCAACGAUUUCCAAUAAUUACUGCCAGAGUUGAUAACUUUGAAAUAUCCGAUUGACUUUAAAUUUAUAUACCGUGUUUACGCCUAUAUAUAUAUAAUCGUUUCGAUUGACUUUAGAUUGAUACACAGAGUUUAAGGUCUUGAGACGAACAAGUAUAUUGAUUUUCAAUGAUUUUUGUUAACUUGAGCAGCUAAAUCCAUGAAAUUAUAUUUUUUGUAUGCUAAACAUUAGCAUGGGCCAAACAAAUUCUAAUGAUUUUCUGAUAAUUACUUAAUGAGUUGUUACUCUUAAUCAGAUUUUAGUGUAUUAUAAAUAUUUCAUUACCGACAAAAGUAAAGAUAUGCGACAACUCUUAGCUGCUGUGGGCGUAUGUUUUGUUGCCUGGCAACCUAUCUUUUAAAAUUAUUGGUGGGCAAACAGAGCCCCCAGAUCUCCUCCGUUUUAUUAAACAUGGAAAUAAUUUGUUUUUUCACAUGACUUUUGUAUAUCAUUCUCCUGAGAUCUGAUGGAUGUUAAUAGAUUGACAUUUGCGUGCAUAAUACAAUAUAGUUUUAGGGAAAUAGUUCUGCAGAGAGAAAUGGGGUUUAACGUCUACUCGCCACAAACUAGGUCAUUUCGGUCUAACAUAUGAUUCAAUUUUAUUUCAAUAAUUUGCUUGCACGUAGGGGUCUUUAGCAGUGGGAGGACCUAGAGAAAACCAACAAGGUUGGAGUUCUACAGAGUAAGAAGUAUAACAGCUGGUUGUAUCAUAUUUUGCACUUAAAUAAUAAAACUGAAUUAAAUUUCUCUUGCAUUCCUUUUUUCUCCUUUUUAAUAUUCAUGCAAAAUCACCAUCAUUCUUUGAGUAAUUUUGAAUUAUAUAAGUAAUGACUGGGGGUUUUGUAAAAUGUCGACCUCACGAUACGUUAUGUAUCUAAAAGUAAAGCUCAUCUACAGUGUAACUUGUAUUUAUAUCCUGGAAGAAAAUAUCUCAAUACAUGAUGUAUUUAUGUAAUUUAACAACCCCAGGCCAGACAGGUUGUUCAGUCUUGGGUCAAAUAGGUUAUAAGCUUAUAUGGUAAAUUUUAGCAAUUCAGUGUUCAUAUAUAAGUGAUUAUUUCUGUGAUGAAACUCUUGUGAGUCAAAUGAAAUGAUCAUAUCCUAGUUAACAAUACAUUGCUUGAUAGCUGUUAUAGAAAAAUAGAUGAUUGAAUGCUCAAAUUAUACAUUUGUAUUAGAAAUUUGUUAUAAAUGGAAACUUUUGUCAUUGUUGUCUUUACAGAUAUCGUUAUUAUCAUUUGUUUUGUUUAUGAUUUUUAAUUACCUGUAUUUUAAGUUAACUUUGUUAGUGAUGAGACCCAUAACGGUUGUUUUGUGAUAUCAGUAAUUUGGAUUUCACUUCGAGACUCCGCUUUAAUAGAAGGCUUGAUCUCGCUUUAACUACGUACAUCUUAUCAAGGGCUUCACAUAAUACCCUGCAUCCAAGCCAAACUUGUAAGCCUAUCAGAUUCCUUGAUCGUCGUGAAUACCAAGUCUCGCACUUUCAAACUAAAAUGUCUACCUGUGAUAAUCGAGUUGCAAAGUUCAAGGUUCAUUCUAUGUCAAGGUUUCGGUGGAGGUCGCAAUGUCACAACCUCUAAUUAGACGCUACUGCUCACGUGUCUGUAAAUAACAUAGCUAUAAGUUCCUGAAUUGUGAAGUAAACAAGAAACGGCCAGAUGUUGUGAAACUCGCAGUCGUUGCUUCAGGAACAUGUUCGAGACUGAUGAAAGUAUGGUACUAUAUUUUAUUGUAAAUCUCUCCUUUAAAAUAUUGUGUGCAGUAACAGAGAAAGAAAGGUCUGGACAAAAGAUUAAUGAUAAUUCUGUUAAUGCUUUUUGACCUCAACAGUUUUUGGUUGUGUUAUAAGAUGAUAUGCCUUCAUUCAUUAAUGUUAUUCUUACAUUUUAUGUGAUCAUUAUUUUAAUCUCACUGUUAGUAGUUUGAGUGUUAUGUCAUUCUGUUAUUUUGAUUUCCUGUAAGUAUAACAUUCCUGUAAACUAUUAAGAAAUUAUUGUAUUCAGUAAGGAAUUUAAUGCCAUUAAAAGGGAAUGAGUUAUUUGAGUGAGAAAAUCUGAUGCAUGCAUUCAUUGUUUGGUGAGAAUGAUAUCAUUCUACAUUUAAAAUUUCACUGGAUUAAGCCGACAUUGAAAUGUCCCAAAUUUGGAUUCCAAAGGUCCAAUUCAAAAAUAUUAAGUAGACCUAUUUUCAGAUAUUCUGCCAAAGCUAACACCACUACUUAUUGAGCAGAUGAACACAAUUCAACACUUUAUUUUCACCUAAACCCAGAGCCUCGUUUAACAUGGUGACUAGGCGGCGCGCACUGGCCAAACUGUGCCGCCUACUGAGCCCAAAAGUUGAAGACUGGGCGGCAACAUACAUACAUUUUGAAAAUCGCUGACAAGGUUUUUCCCAUGUGCCAAUACUAUGUCAUGGUGCGUAGGUUUACAAAAUCGUCUUUCUGAUUGUUUUAUGGGUAUAUUUCUGUCUGCGGGUCAGCCGCAGCAGUGUUUUGAUCUCGAUGUUACAAGGUAUUAAUCAAUCCAUGGUUUAACAAGAUGCCAAAACUAAAAGUGUAUCAAAUCUUCGAAACUAUUUUUAAGUACUCAGAAAUCAAGUCUAAGGGAGUCAAUUUUCAAAAUUUUCUGGGGGACGGCCGGGCUCUUACCUACGGUGUUCGCCCCACAUUGCCGCGCACGACCAAAUCCUUAGACGAGCCUCUGCCUAAACCAUAAUUGUUCUGUGAGAUAGAUACUUUGUAUUUAAUCAUUCCAAACUGUUAUUAUAUUUACUGUAUAGAAAAACAAGAAAGAGUCGAGGGUAUUCUUUUAAAAAAAAGUUCUUAGUUAAUGGUUUUAUUAAACCAGAUUUUGUAAUCAAAAAGUGUUAAGAGUAUUUUUAGUCUUGUAUAUAAAACCAUACUCCAUCAGAAAUGUGAUUAUUAUUUUAUGUAUUGUGAUAGUAUGUUUUAAAAACAAAACAAUGUAUAUAUAAUAAAAAGAAAAUAUAUAAAUAGAAGUAUAUAGAUGUAUAAUAUAUAAGAUAUAGAAUUUAGUAAAGCAAUCAAAAUGA